AUGUCUGUCUUACUCUUCACAUUAACUACGUUCAUCCUGAGCGGAUGCGCCGCUCAAGUUGUCGAAUACGACUUCAUCAUUGUGGGUGGAGGUACAGCGGGAUGUUUGCUGGCUGCACGGCUGUCGGAGGUCUCUGACUGGACAGUGCUACUGAUUGAAGCUGGUGGAGAGGAGGCCGUUCUGCAGGAUGUCCCUAUGCUAGCAGCAUUUGCUCAGUUUUCGCCGGCAAUCUGGACGUAUAAAACGGAGCAGUCGCCGACAGCCUGCCUCGGCUUGGACGGUCGGUGUACCUGGAUACGUGGCAAAGUCUUAGGUGGUAGCAGUGUUAUCAAUUAUAUGGUGUAUACGAGAGGAAAUCGUAAGGAUUAUGACGACUGGGCAGAGGAAGGGUCCGAAGGCUGGGGAUACGACGAUGUCUUACCGUAUUUCCUCCGGUCUGAGGACAUGCUUAUUCCGCGUUUGGCUGCAGACAAGAGAUACCAUUCCACGAAAGGAGAACUGCCAAUCACUUACCCUCCAUAUCACACCCAGGCUGCGUCUGACUUCAUCGAAGCUGGUGUGGAAACAGGAUACAAUGAAGUUGACUAUAAUGCCGCAAGUCAAAUAGGAUAUUCUUUCCACCAGUGCACCAUGAAAGACGGAAUGCGGGUCAGCGCAAAUCGCGCGUUCCUGGAGCCUGCGAGGACGAGGAGGAACUUGUACGUCCUGAAGAACAGCCUUGUUACAAAAAUCCUCGUUCACCCGGAGAAUCAGACUGCGUACGGCGUUGAAUAUGAAUUGUGGAGUGUCCUUCCACGAAGAGCUCGCGCUAGGAAGGAAGUAAUAAUCUCUGCGGGCGCCAUAAACUCUCCUCAGCUGUUGAUGUUAUCCGGGAUCGGCCCUAAAGACGAUCUGGAGAAAUUGGGGAUCAGCGUUAUGCAGGACUCAAAAGUGGGCUUCAACCUGCAGGAUCACAUCAGUCUUGGAAACCUCUAUUUCACCGCAAAUUCCACGAUCGGAAUUCCGCCUGACUACAAUCCAAACGACGUUUCGAACGUUAUCAAGUACCUACAGGACCGCGAAGGACCCCUUUCAAUACCAGCUGGCACAGAAGCAUUUGGGUUCGAGGACAUUGAUGAUAAUGACGGUUUUCCAGAAAUAGAAAUAAUCUUUUCAACAAGUACUACGUCGUCAUUGAAUGAAGUAGGGGAUGCCCGGGGAGUUAGCCCCGACAUAUAUGAAAAUUACGAGUCCUUAGCUGAUGAAAAUUCUUUCAUGAUGCUUCCUGUGCUUAUGCAUCCAAAAAGUCGCGGUAGAUUGACGCUCAGAAGUAGAAACCCCAUGGACAAGCCUCUUCUUUACCACAAUUACUUGACUGAACCAGAGGAUGUGAAUGUUCUUAUAAAGGGAAUCAGACGGGCAAUUCGGCUGAUUGACACCGCGGCCUUUCAGAGGCACGGCGUGCAACUCUUAAAAGUCCCGCUGCCUCCGUGCGAGGUUCACGAGUUCGGUUCUGAUGAAUACUGGGAAUGUUCAAUUCGCUACAUGACUUUUCCCAUGUACCACGAAACCGGAACCUGUAAAAUGGGCCCAGAUUCCGACGAGGACGCCGUAGUGGAUCCACAGUUACGAGUGCGCGGUAUUAAGAAUCUCCGUGUGGUGGAUUCUUCCAUCAUUCCAGUCAUCAUAUCGGGUCAUUUAGUCGCCCCAACUUACAUGAUCGCUGAAAAGGCAUCCGACAUGAUCAAGAAUCAUUGGAAUGCCACUUCCUUGUCUUAA